UCUGUCUUGUUGGACAGACUGGACAGACGGGCUGACCGUCCCGCUGCUGCUCUUGCCCGCUGUGCUGGAGAAAGGGACACCCGUAGACCAAAGAGAAACCAGACAGACGAGCAAGCGGCAAACUAAAUUAUUUACUUUAGACCUACAUCAUUUUAUUUUUUUUUGUUUUUUGGACACUAUGGUGAAACAGCGACGCAGCAGAGCGCAUUCCGGUUGCGCAGCUGUUGCGCCUCUUUGUUGCAGAAGAGGACCACUAAAGACUCUGACUAAGCCCGCCAUCUUUGCCCGGGAGACCAGUUGUGAUUGUCGCGCCCCUCAUGAGAAGCUCACCAUCGCUCAGGCCCGCAGAGGCACCCCAGUGGACCGGCCGGUCAGAGUCUACGCAGAUGGCAUCUUUGACCUGUUCCACUCUGGGCACGCUCGCGCUCUCAUGCAGGCCAAGAACCUCUUUCCCAACACCUACCUUAUAGUAGGAGUGUGCAGUGAUGAGCUGACCCAUAAGUACAAGGGUUUCACAGUCAUGACGGAGAUUGAGCGUUACGAAGCGUUGAGACACUGCCGCUAUGUCGACGAGGUUUUGAGAGACGCACCCUGGACUCUGACACCGGAGUUCCUGGAGAAACACAAGAUCGAUUUUGUGGCUCACGAUGACAUCCCCUACUCCUCAGCAGGGAGUGAAGACGUUUAUAAACACAUCAAGGAGGCAGGGAUGUUUGUGCCCACACAACGGACAGAAGGAAUCUCGACUUCUGAAUUGAUCACCAGAAUUGUCAGAGACUAUGACGUCUACGCACGGCGCAACCUCCAACGUGGCUACACGGCCAAGGAGCUCAACGUCAGCUACAUCAACGAGAAGAAGUACCGGCUGCAGAACCAAGUGGACCGAAUGAAGGAGAAGGUUCGCACGGUCGAGGAGAAGAGCAAACACUUUGUUUACCGCGUGGAGGAGAAGAGCCACGACCUCAUUCAGAAGUGGGAAGAGAAAUCCAGAGAGUUUAUAGGCAACUUCCUAGAACUUUUUGGACCUGAUGGGACUUGGAAACAGGUGUUUCAGGAGCGCAGUGGACGAAUGCUGUCCUACGCUCUGUCCCCCCGAGAGUCGCCCUGCAACAGUCCUCCCCGAGAACUGUCCCCCCUGCGCUCUCCCUCACCCCCGUCUCCCCCCGCCCGCUGGCACAAUGCACGGCCCUCGCCCCCAACCUCCCCCAAAGGAGCAUCGGCCUCUCUAAGCAGCAUGAGUGAAGGUGAUGAAGAUGAGAAGUAAACGGAUUGUUGAACACACACACACAGGUCUGCUCACUCAUGCCAGGCCGGCGCAGACCUCUCUUCCACCCCAACAAUACAAUUAAUACCCUAAUGCAAUGUAGAGACCUAAAUGUCCUGUACGCACUACAUGUUAAUCUGCACUAUAUGUACAAACUUUGGGAAAGUGUGUCUUUUUUUAUUUUUUAAAUUUCAAUGUUCAAACGGCUUGAUAUGUAAAUAAAUCAAAAAAUCUAAAACUGAAUGCGAGUCAAACUGCAUUUCGCACACAAAAGCAGUUUUCUUUAUUGUCGGGUUUGACAAGUUGAGCUCAUGCUGAAUCACAUUAACUAAACUGCCCCGUCACCUUUUUUUUGGAUGUCGCAUUAAUUGCAUAUCUUCGUGUGACCCACCUCCGCAGCGAGCAUACGUCUGUUUAAGCUGGAGGUACAGUAGGAUAGAAAAACAGAGCGAUCGCUCCACACUGGCUUCAUGUACAGCAAACACAUCAUCAACAGUUGUAUACGUGAUAUUUUCUAAUAUACCAGAGGAACAGAAGACAGUCUUUAACAGUAAAGGUUGAGUACUCUAAAUCACACAACUGGAAUUGAAGCUUUCACGAAGGUGUGAACUUUGAGCAUCACGCAGUGAGACUUGGCAGGUUACGAAGGCUUUGGCAGUGGUGAAACCUUUCAGUGAGGCUGAAAGGCGGGGGAAACGCUACAGGAUGGGGGGCGCUUUCCAUACUGUGUUCUUCAUCUACACUUCUUUCUUUGCACAUCAGAUGGCACUAAAGGAGACGAGAGAAGGAAGUCACUUCAGAUUAUUCAAAUUCUUGACAAAAUGGUUUUGGGCCGUGUUUCAUUUCUUCUAUUUGCAAAAGAAGAUUCUUGAUAAGAGGUCUGAAAUGAUUGGAAUGAAGGGAAUUGAAUGAGAUAUAUCUCUGUGAAGGUUUAGUAGUAGUAAGUGCACUAAAAUGUUCCCGAAUAUUUGGAUGGUUUACCAAGAGAUUAGCGGCUCCUUUGGCCACAUGCAAUUUCCCCAGUUGGCUUUUCCCAACAACGCUUGAUUUCCUUUUGUUUACAAAAAGGAAAUGCGGUGAACUGUUCCCAAACUUUUAGAGAAAAGCUGUUAUCCAGGAUAAAAUAAGUUAAAACCUGUCAGGAAUCAAUUCCCUCUGGAUUUAUCUUCCAAUUCGUUCACUUCCACUCAUGGCGAUGAAUACAAAAAGCAACCAUUUUAAAAUACACAAGCUUUGUUCAAACUCAUUCAGAAGACAGUAUGGAUUAGUAACACUACAACUGAGACACCAAGUUGAAUGGAUGAAGCACUGUUAGGGUAGCAAGUCCGAGCUUUGAGCUUAUGUUGCGUGUCCACCAUGGCAAAAUGUUUGCCAGUGUAGAAAGGAGAUGCGAUGACGUAUUCACACUUUUAUAAUCCUCGUCAGAUGCGACAGGUCCAUCCUUCUCUGUGAGGGUUUCACACAAUGCUUCAUGCUGGUGUGGUUGAAGGUGCCAGGCAUUUUAUAAGCAUCCUAAAGAUGCUCCUUGGGUCCUUUAGUAGUUGUUAAAUCAGGGUGCAGAGCCGGCUUUGCAAGCAGGAAUGUCUGAUGAGGGUCAGUAUUGUCUUCUUUGAGUAAAGUGGAAACAUUUAUUUUUUUUAAAAAAUACCCAUUUUUUCUCUUACAUUCUCCUAUUAUAAAUAAACAUCCAGUUCAGCCUUCAAGGCAGAUUUUCUUAAAUAUUCUAGAAAUAAGGCUUUCUCUCUUAAAAAAACAAUUAAAAAAAAAAAAACUUCUCGAUGUCGAGAUACUUAAAAUGAUGCAUUGCUUUCUAUAUUUUUCCCAAAAGAGUUAUCAUUUUCUCUAAUCUAUAAGCAAUCCUGUCCUGGCUUCAACACAGAACAGCUCUUUACUAUGCCAAUGACACACUGGCCUAAUUGUGCGUUCUGUCAAAAGUGUCUUCCAAAAGGAAGGAAAUGAAACCUCCUACUCUUUCCAAUACGCUCUGAAACUCAAACCCCAUGACCCUGCUUGUGUUCCGAGAGGGAGAAACGGAAUACAAGCCUUCACUGAUGGUGAGAAAGACACUCGAUCAGCAGUGUGAGGCUUAUCCAGCCACAGGGAGCAGCGGCCUCGUCAGCAAAGAGGAGCCGGGCCAAACUGCGCAUGAGACAGAGGGAGAGGUGAAGGAGAUACGGUGAAUUUAGCUGAUAGCAACGGCCUGAUAGAGGAGGAAAUGGAGCCAACAUUAGUGAAAGAUUCACAAGAGGUUCAUCUUGAGAGAGCCAGUGGUCAAUGCCACAAAAAUGAAAGCUACGCUGAUGAAUGCCAUUGCCAUUGGGUAUACAGAUAUACAUCAAGGUCAUGUAUCUUUUCCAAAGCUUUAACCACCGCAAUUUAAAGGCAAGUCUGAUCAUAAACCAAACAUUUACCCAAGGGCAACCUUUCAUCUGACAUGCACCAGGGCAGAGUGUGAGCAUUUGGGUCUGCCAGCAGAGGGCAGGGUUAGCGGGGUCAGGUGGCGUUUAUCUGUUGGCUUUGUAUUUGGACUUGCUGGCAUCGCGCGGCUCUUUGCUGGGGUUGCUCCAGUCGUCGGCCUCGGGGGUGGUCUUAUAAUGCCGCCACGCCGACUUGUUGAAGACAGGCAGCCGCUCGAAGGACUCGCUGGAAAGGGCCUUCAGAUGGAGGAACACAACACAGUGAGAAAUCACGGUCAUUUAACUUUGAAGGAGGAGUCGGAUGUUUGAGCAGACGCUAAAUAUAAGCCUGGAACCAGAGACGAUUAGCUUAGCUUAGCAUAAAUAUUGGCAGCAAGGGGAAACAGCUAGCUGACACCGACGCUUGGAUUAUUGUACGGAUUAAAUAGAAGAGGUAAAACAUGUCAGGUUAUAAGCUUUAGAGGUGCGGGUACGUCAUGUUUGCUAGCUGUUUCACCUAGCCUGCAGUCUUUAUGCUAAGCUAAGCGUCUUAUAGCUCUAGCGUCAUUCUUAACAGACAGAUGAGAGUGGUGACAAUCUUCGCAUCUAGCCGAGUGUUGGAGGUAUCGGCCGUAGAGAUGUCUGCCUUCUCUCUAGAGUAUAAUAGAAUUAGAUGGCACUCGGCUUUGUGGUGCUCAACAGUGCACAGAAGGAAGCAUGCAUCUAACUCAUGGACGAGAGGCUUGUACUUGCAAAAUGCAAACUUUAAUGGCGUCCCCCUCGGGCUGAGCUGUAACGUCAGC